AAAUAAGAUGAAGGCAACAUUCCAGUACAGGCAAAAGAUGGUUCAAGACCCGGAUACUGCCUCUACUGUCCUGGAUCUCUUUCCCAGAUUCUUGGAUACACCUGGCUUGAUCGACCAAGACUUCACAAUGAUCUUUGGUGAGGAGGUGUCUGGUAAAUUCCUCUCCAAGUGGCCAACAUUUUUCAAACCAAGAGUCAUCGCAGAUUGCUGCAAGAAUCUAACCCCGAGUCCGCAUGUGGAUGAGCUACUUCUGUCUGCACAACAGGAGUCUGAUGAUGGUGUGUGGCAUUCUGAAGAGUGGGACUCUGAGAUGGCCGCCAUCCUUCUGCUGCUUCACCUCUUGCCUCCAACAGUUAAAGGCAAGAAGGCCAGCAAGAUGAGAGCAUCGGAGGCUGCUAGACGCCUGAUCAAGUUCAUGAAGGUGGGGUCAAGCAUGGAGACCUUCCUUAAAGAAACUGGCCCCAAACAGCCCUUUCUUGUCGGUGUCGGAGAAAGAAGCAACAGCAUCCAGGAUUUUUACAUCAUCCUGGACCAGAAGGCCAUUCCCUGCAGGAUGCAGACCCCAGUUGCUGCCUUUGAUGAGCUCUUCAAGGCGCAUUAUGCUUUUGCCGUGUCGUAUGAUGAUGCGCUGUCCAGCUUCUUCAUCUUCAUCCAAACCACCGUGUAUGGCAUCGACGUCGGCAAAGUGAAAGAGAGUCCUCGGGUAAAAGAAAUCAGAGCGAGGCUUCUUCACUGUGAAGUUUGAAGACCGAUACAUUUUGACCAGAAAUGUACACAUGUUACAUUUGCAAGGUACACCACACCAGUUGUUCAAUGUUAUUUAGACAUUUGAAGUUUGAGCAUGGAUUGUAUCCCGGAAGGUCUCUGCGCUUGAACUGUUGAGUCUACAGUUCCAUACUGUAAUUAUAUGUGAAUCCAGACUGUUAAUUGUUAAUGUGGUGUGGUGGCCAUUUAAUAAGACUAUUUUUCUAAAGAA